CCUUUUUUUCUUUUUGUUUUUUUAACAUAUGUAAAUAAAUCUCCUCCGAUCUCACGGUGCUCCCCUCGAUCUCCCAUGUCGGGUCUGCGCCUUUCUCGCGCUGUGUCGAAGCUCUCGUAACACAACGCGACGAGGAAGAGGAAGAGGAAGAGGAAGAGAACAAGUAGCGGAAAAAGGAGGAGGACGACGACUACGAAGAGGAGAAGCUCCCUCUCCGAUCUACUCUUCGAUCUCACCAUCUCCUGAUCCGAUCUCCGGUAUAGGACAUUUACUCGUGAUUUCGCAAGUUGCGAAAAUGGGAGUGAGUAAGGAAGUAGUUAGGGUUUAUUCAUUAUUUGGUUGACCAGCUUGUAACGUUUCCAUGUGGCGCACCUCGCAUCGAAGGCAUGAACAUGUUGAAAGGCGUUGCUGACCUCAUACGGAGGUCAUCUGCUGGACAAGCCGGGGAAGGAGGAUCAUGGGCGAAUUCCAAUAAGCUCUCAGCUCCUACUCCAAGGAUCCGCUUUGGUGAUUUUGAUGAAGAGGCAGUCCUAAGCACACUCUGGCAAAGAUAUGAGAAUACAAUUGAUAAGACUGAAAAGAGGAAGUCGUUGCAAGUUUUUCUGCUGCACUUCAUACAAACUUAUAAAAACUGGGAGCCGCUGCAUAAUGGCCUAAUACAAACAGCUCAAGCAUCUGGAUCUGACGAUAUACUUGUUGGAUGCUCUGGAGGGCAUCCUCCUGAGGUCAUUCUUAUUUUAGUCCAGGAGAUUGCUCGAAUAACUUCACUUGUUAGCGAGUUGGGGAAUACUGCAGUGGAACCUAGUGCUGAUCUUUCGGAGCAAUUGAUUAAUUUGGGAUUAAAUACUGACGUGUUGUAUAUUUUGAACUGCUUGGCAAUCAUAAUUCGUUCGAUUCACAACUGUAGAGUAUUUUGCUAUUAUGGAGGCAUGCAAAAGAUCAUUGCUCUUCUCAAAGCUUCUGUAGUACAGCUAAAGACCUUGACCAGUUCACUUGCUGUAGAUGAACAAUUAUCCAGUUGUAGCAUAGAGAAGACCAGGGUGAUGCAAAAGAUACUUGUUUAUGUUGUUACAAUCAUUUCAACCUUCAUGGAAUUGAAUUCAAAUGCAACAAAGAAGUCUCAAUAUGUAGAUACUGCUGAACAUCCAUUUUCAAAGGACAACCUGUAUGAAGGUACCACAGGCAGUCCAAAAAGUUCAAUCCCUGAAGCGAUGAUCUCUUGGCGCCAAAAGGCAAUUGUAUUAGUGAUGGAAGCCGGUGGUGUCAAUUGGUUAGUAGAGCUUUUACGGGUUAUGCGAAGACUGAAUCUGAAAGAGCAAUGGACUGAUAUAUCCCUCCAUUACAUAACUUUGGGCACUCUAAGAUCUGUUCUAUCUGAAAAUACCCGAGCACAAAAUCAUUUCAGAAGCAUUGGGGGACUUGAAGUUCUCUUGGAUGGGCUUGGACUUCCAUCAAGCAAAUUUUCGAUUUCAAAGCAUUCCUUGUUCUCUGGAGAUGAAAGAAUUGAAAUCUUCCAGCUCCAGAUACUUUCUUUGGAAGUCCUACAAGAAUCAGUAUUUGGCAAUUUGAACAAUUUGCAAUUCCUAUGUGAAAAUGGACGGAUACAGAAAUUCGCAAACAGCAUAUGCUGGCCUGCUUUUAUGCUUCAGGAGUUUCGUCGGAAAAAGAUGAGCAAUCUUGAUUCUCAAAGGGGUAGUUUGAGGUCUGCGAAUGAUACUACCGACAAGUCAGAUUCAUCAGAACUGUAUCCAGGUCAAACCGAUGUUCCUAACUUAACAGAAUGGAACGAAUAUUCUGUAAAAUUGAGUAGAGCACUCUGUUCUUUCCUUCUGCCUCCUGAAGAGAUCAAUUUUCAUCAUGACAAAGUCUCUGCUAGUCGAUGUUCUCUUCCUGUCUCAUUGGCCUAUUGGGAACUUUCUGUGAGAUGGAUCAUAAAGGUUCUACUAACUGUUUUUCCAUGCAUUAAGGCCUGUUCUAAUGAAAGUGACUUACCAAACCAUGUAAGGAUUUUAGCCAAUACUUUUCAGCAUUACAUCCUUUGUGCAUUCAGAAAGGUUCUUGUUUCUGCACCAGCUCUUCUAGAAGUCUUUCGGAAGGAGGGAGUAUGGGACAUGAUUUUCUCGGAGAAAUUUUUUUAUUUCGGGCCAUCCUUAGAGGAAGUAUGUUUUGGGUCUGGCGUACCAACAGAACAUGAUGCAAUAAACUCUAAACAACCUGCAGAUUCUGAAAGAUUUGAGGAAGAGACAAAGCAAAUUGGGGUCGAGAUUCUUCAAGUGGAGGCAAUUUCCUUUUUGGAAUUUGCCGCAACACUGAGCACAAAUACAAAUAACUUGCCAGAAUGCUCUGUUCUGUUAGUUAUACUUGAACAAUCUGCUUGUAAUUGUGAGGUGGCCAGUAUUCUUUUGAAGAGCAUGCACCGUAUACUGCAACUUUCUACUGAACAAACUGUAGCUUCUUUGAAGUCAUUGGAUGGAAUUGCUCGAGUGCUCAAAGUGGCAUGCGUUCAGGUUCAAGAAGUGAGAAAGUUGAGUCACUUGAGUCCUCAUUCCGAGUAUGAGUUUAGUGAAGGGUCUGAUUUGAAGCAGCUUCAGAUGGCUUCUUCAACGGAGCGAGCUAAUAGUUGGCUCAUUUGCAUCGAAUCAUCCUUUGAACUUUUUAAAGAAUAUCUUGUGAUGGCUGAGAAUGGGAAAUGCUUGGUUUUGCACAAUGCCAGCUGCAUUGAUAGCUUGUUUGAAUUAUUUUGGGAAGAAAGUCUACGAAAGCAUGUAUUGGAGCAAAUUCUUGGAUUAUUCAGGUUGCCUCCAUCAUCCGCAGAAGAUCAUGCCGCAAAGUUGCACUUAUGCUCCAAGUUCUUAGAAGUUUUCACUUGUGCAAAGGAACAUGAAAACAUUUUCGCAGAAUUGUCAAUGGAUCUGUUGGUUUGCAUGCGAGAGAUCAUACUUAUUGAUCAACCGUAUUAUCAGACAUUAUUUUGCAAAGGGGAGUGUUUUCUGCAUGUUGUCUCUUUGUUAAAUGGAACUUUCAAUGAGAUUACUGGGGAGCUGCUGGUCCUCAAUGUUCUUCAGACAUUAACCUUGCUGCUUAGUGGAAAUGACAACUCGAAGGCCACCUUUAGGACGCUUGUUGGUAUGGGUUAUCAGACACUGCAGAGCUUGCUACUGGAUUUCUGCAAGUGGCUACCAACGGACAGUCUCUUGAAUGCUCUUCUUGACAUGCUUACUGAUGGAAAGUUCGACAUGAAGGAAAAAGUUGUAAUAAAGAACGAAGAUGUGAUUAUACUUCUCUUACAUGUUCUUCAAAAGAGCAGCACCUCACUUCAACAUUAUGGGCUAGAUAUCUUACAGAAGCUGUUAAAGGACUCCAUAACAAACAGAACUUCCUGUUUCAGAGCAGGAAUGCUUAAUUUUCUACUUGAUUGGUUUUCUGUGGAAGAAAGAGAUGACAUUACUUCGAAAAUUGCUCAGUUAAUUCAGACAGUUGGUGGACAUAGUAUCUCUGGUAAAGACAUUCGAAAAAUUUUUGCUUUUCUCCGCAGUGAGAAGAUUGAUUCCAAGCAAAACCACCGCUCCUUGCUCUUGAGAAGUGUUGGUUAUAUGCUCAAGGAAAAAGGUCCUGAAGCCUUCUUUGAGUUCACUGGCAGUGAUUCUGGAAUUGUAAUAAAAACACCUGUACAAUGGCCAUACAAUAAAGGAUUUUCUUUCUCAUGUUGGCUCAGGGUAGAAAACUUUCCUGAGAAUGGUAUAAUGGGCCUUUUUUCGUUUUUCACAGAUAAUGGAAGGGGGUGCUUAGCAAUGCUUGGAAAAGGCACACUUGUUUUUGAGUCUAUCAACCAAAAACGUCAGUGUGUUUUAUUACCUUUCAACCUUCUACCAAAGCAAUGGCAUUUCCUGUGUAUUACUCAUAGCAUAGGUAGAGCAUUCUCUGGUGGAAGCCAGCUCAAGUGCUAUAUCGAUGGCGAGCUGGUAUCGUCUGAAAAAUGCAGGUAUGCGAAAGUUAGUGAUUCUAUGACACGCUGUACCAUAGGGACCGAACUCACACCUAUUAGUGAGGAGGCUUAUUCACUCAACUUUGAAAGAACAUUUCCUUUUAUUGGUCAAAUGGGUCCAGUUUAUAUGUUUUGUGAUGCCCUCUCUUUGGAGCAAGUGAAGGGAAUACACUGUCUAGGACCUAGUUACAUGUAUUCAUUUCUUGGUGACGAAAAUCUCUUUGCUACUGAUGACUCCCUGUAUAAAGGAAUUCUAGAUGGAAAAGAUGGUCUUUCAUCAAAGAUAAUUUUUGGUUUAAAUGCACAGGCUAGUGAUAAUAGAACCUUGUUCAGUGUGUCUUCACCACUUGAGGGUUUCUCCGAUAAGGAUAUAUUUGAAGCGACAGUUAUGGAUGGGACAAAGCUAUGUUCUCGCCGCUUGCUGCAUGAGAUCAUUUAUUGUGUUGGUGGCGUUUCUGUAUUUUUUCCUCUUUUGACACAGUUCGAUAAGUCUGAGGUAGAAGGUGGAGAGUCUGAGUAUACUUUGAUCCGGAAUAUCACUAGUGAGACACUAGCAGCCCAAGUGAUUGAGCUCAUUGCAUCCGUUUUAGAUGGGAAUGUUUCAAAUCAACAACAAAUGCAGCUUCUUUCAGGAUUUUCCAUUCUGGGCUUCUUAUUUCAAUCUGUUCCACCUCAGCAGCUGAAUAAAGAAGCACUUUCCGCUUUGAAAUACUUAUUUGAUGUUCUGAAAAAUUGUGGCAUGUCAGAAGUUUUACUCAAAGAUGCUCUUUCGCGAAUUUAUCUGAAUCCGCAUAUCUGGGUAUAUGCAAAUUAUGAAGUGCAAAGAGAUCUCUAUAUGUUUCUUAUAAACUAUUUCGAGAGUGAGAGCAGCUUGCUGCAAGCAUUGUGUGGGCUCCCUCGGAUUAUCGAUAUCAUACGACAAUUUUACUGGGAUAAAGCAGACUCUAGGUCCGCUGUAGGUAGCAAACCUCUUCUGCAUUCAGAAACUAAACAAGUGAUUGGAGAGAGACCAGGCCUAGGAGAAGUCCGGAAGAUUCGGCUGCUUCUUUUAAGUCUCGCAGAAAUGUGUUUGAGGCAAAAAAUCUCCCAACCUGAUAUGAAGGCUCUUAUUUCCUUUUUUGAGAGAAGUCAAGAUAUGGCAUGUAUAGAGGAUGUAUUGCAUAUGGUUAUUCGCGCUCUUUCUCAAAACUCUGUGCUAGCAUCAUUUCUGGAGCAAGUAAAUUUGCUUGGUGGUUGUCAAAUUUUUGUUAAUCUUCUAUCAAGGGAACUCGAACCAAUUAGGCUGCUGGGUCUACAAUUUCUUGGUAAGCUUUUGAUUGGACUUCGAUCUGAGAGGAAAGGUGCAAAAUUUUUUAGCCUUGCAGUUGGGAGAACCAAAUCUCUCGCCGACAAUCAAAGGAAAGGAAUAAUGAUGCCCCAGCUUAUUUUUUCUGCAAUAUCUGAAAAAUUAUUUAAAUUCCCAUUAUCAGAUAAUCUUUGUGCCACAUUGUUUGAUGUGCUUCUUGGAGGUGCUAGUCCUAAACAGGUGAUGCAGAAACAGGGUCUAUCUGAUGCACAGAAAAAAAAGAAAAGCAACUCCUCGGGACUCUCUUCUCACUUUGUCCUUCCUCAAAUUUUGGUCUGCAUCUUUAAGUAUUUGCAUUGUUGCAAGGAUAACUCAGUACGUACAGAAGUCUUAGGCAACCUUCUUGGUUUGCUUGAUUCAAAUCCGUCAAACAUUGAAUCUCUGAUGGAACAUGGUUGGAGUUCGUGGUUGGAGAUAUCUGUGGAGCUUGAUGUGUUAAAAAAUUAUAAAGUGGUGUCAGAAUCCCAAUCAGAUAAAUCAGAAAUUAAUGAACUAAUUCUAGUUAGAAACCUAUAUUCUGUGGUGCUUUCCCACUAUUUAUAUUUGGUAAAAGGCGGAUGGCACCAGUUGGAAGAGACUAUAAAUUUCCUGCUGCUGAAGCUUGAAGAGGGAAAGCUAUUGAAUCCAUGCUUGCUUCGAGACAUCUUUAAAGAUCUUAUUGGGAGUUUGAUUGAAAUAUCUUCUGAAGAAAAUGUUUUCAUGACACAGCCGUGUCGGGAUAAUGCCUUAUAUAUUCUCAAGCUUAUUGAUGAGUUGCUAAUAAAUGAAAGUUCUGAUAAUCUACUGUUUCCCGAUAUUGGACUCUCGUCAGGGUUUUCCUUUGAUGGCCCACAGAGAGAUAGUCCAAAUGAUGUCAGAUCUGCUAUAGCUGAAAUAUUGGAUAGUGAGAGUAUCAACCAACUUCCAAGGCUUCCUUGGUGCCAUAACUCUUUUGCUGAUGAAAGCAAUGAAAUGAAUGAUGAGUGGUGGGAGCUAUAUGACCAAGCAUGGAUUCUUAUUACUGAAAUGAAUGGAAAAGGUCCGAGUAAGGUGUUACCCAAAGGUCCAGCAGUGGGAGGCCCAUCCUUUGGCCAAAGGGCUCGUGGGUUAGUGGAAUCUCUUAAUAUUCCUGCUGCAGAAAUGGCUUCUGCUGUUGUGUCUGGAGGAAUCAGCAGUGCUUUAGGUGGAAAGACAAUUAAAUAUAUUGAUAAAGCAAUGAUGCUGAGAGGAGAGAGGUGUCCACGAGUUAUUUUCCAUCUUGUAAUCCUCUAUCUUUCCAAAGCUGGGCUAGAAAGUGCUUCUCGAUGCGUCCAGCAGUUCAUUUCGCUGCUCCCCUCCCUUCUUACAUCAGAUGAUGACCAAAGCAAGAACAGGCUGCACUUUUUUCUUUGGUCUUUACUCGCAGUUCGAUCACAGUACGGAGGGAUGGAUGAUGGAGCACGUUUCCAUGUCAUCUCACACUUGAUUCUUGAAACUGUCAUCUGUGGGAAAUCUAUGCUUGCCACUAGCAUUUCGGGAAGGGAUGAUUCAAUUGAAAACAGCAACAAAAAAGAAGCUGGAUUCAUACUUAACCUAAUUCAAAAGGAUCGAGUUAUUUCCGCAGCAGUUGAUGAAGCAAAAUACAUGAAGGCUGUUAAGGUUGAUCGCAUAAAGCAGUUGCAGGAACUUCGUCUUAAGCUUGAUGAGCACUCUGUUGAAGAGCUAAACCAACUGCAGAACUUUGAAGAUGAGGUUCAGACCAACAAGAGUGCUGUUCUUUCUGCGGAUGACAGUAGAAAAGCUGUUUUUCAGCUUGCUUACGAUGAGGACCAGCAAAUUGUUGCUAAUAAAUGGAUCCACAUGUACCGUGCUCUGGUUGAUGAGAGAGGUCCUUGGUCUGCUAAUCCUUUCCCAAACAACACUGUAACACAUUGGAAACUUGACAAGACAGAGGAUAAAUGGCGCCGUAGGCCCAAGCUAAAGCGCAAUUAUAAAUUUGAUGAACGACUUUGUCGUCCUCUGGCUGCUAAAUCUUCCAAUACAACAAGUGAACCUGUAGGCGAGUUUUUUGCUGGUUUAGGGGCUAACAUUCCUGAGAAAAUGAAGCAUUUCCUUUUGAAAGGAGUGCGUGGAAUCACAGAAGAUAGUUCUGAUCCAGGUGAAGAUGUGAAUGAUCCGAAUGGUUCUUCCCUUGUUAGUUCUUCAGAAAAUCAAAGUUUGGAGAGUGUUGGAACUUCCUCUGAUCAUUUGGAUAGCAUUCGGGCCAAGGAGUCAUCGUCUGCAACCCUAGAUAAUGAUUUGAAUGAGGUGCAUCUAUUAGUUCCCUGUGUGCUUGUAACACCAAAGAGAAAGUUGGCUGGGCAUUUAGCGAUUAUGCAAAAUGUUCUGCAUUUUUCGGGGGAGUUUUUGGUCGAAGGUACUGGAGGAUCAUCUGUUUUCAACAGUUUUCAAAAUCAGAAAAAUCUGGACUCCACCAAAUAUGAUCAAACAGGAGGUUUCCAGAAGCAGAAGCCAAAUAUUGAGCGUGGAAAAGGAAAUGCUACUGAUAUUAUAGAGUUCAAUGCUUCAAUGAAUAAUCGACCAAAUAAAAUUAAACGCCAUCGGAGAUGGAACCUGACUAUGGUGAAAACAGUUCAUUGGACUCGUUACCUCUUACAGUAUACUGCAAUUGAGAUAUUCUUUGCCGAUUCAACUGCACCUAUUUUUUUAAAUUUUGCAUCCCAAAAAGAUGCUAAAAAUGCUGGAUCUUUGAUAGUUUCUUUAAGGAAUGAGUCUUUGUUUCCAAAGGGAAGUACCAAGGAUAAAAAUGGAAUUAUUUCUUUCGUCGACAGACGUAUUGCUGUGGAAAUGGCUGAAAGUGCCAGAGAGAGUUGGAAAAGAAGGGAAAUAAGCAACUUUGAAUAUCUAAUGACCCUUAAUACUCUUGCUGGCAGAUCAUAUAAUGAUUUAACUCAGUAUCCUAUCUUUCCUUGGGUAUUGGCUGACUAUUCCUCAGAAAAACUUGACUUUAACAAAUCUUCCACUUUCAGGGAUCUUUCAAAACCAGUUGGUGCAUUGGAUCUAAAGCGUUUUCAGGUCUUUGAGGACAGAUAUCGUAACUUUUCGGAUCCUGACAUUCCGAGUUUUUAUUAUGGAUCUCAUUAUUCAAGCAUGGGCAUUGUGCUCUAUUACCUGCUUCGGCUUGAACCCUUUACAGCCUUGCACCGAAACUUGCAGGGUGGUAAGUUUGACCAUGCAGACCGUCUCUUUCAAAGUACUGAGAGCACGUAUAGGAACUGCCUGUCAAAUACAAGCGACGUGAAGGAGCUCAUUCCUGAAUUCUUUUACAUGCCCGAAUUCCUUGUGAAUUCGAAUUCUUAUCACCUUGGUGUUAAGCAAGAUGGUGAACCCUUAGGUGAUGUUGUUCUACCUCCUUGGGCAAAGGGCUCUCCUGAGGAGUUCAUACACAAAAAUCGAGAAGCCCUUGAAAGUGAAUUUGUUAGUUCCAACUUGCAUCAUUGGAUUGAUUUAGUGUUUGGUUACAAGCAACGUGGCAAGCCUGCUGUAGAGGCAGCAAAUAUUUUCUAUUACCUAACCUACGAAGGUGCCGUUGAUUUGGAAAACAUGGAUGAUAUGUUGCAAAAAUCUGCUAUUGAGGACCAGAUUGCAAAUUUCGGACAGACUCCGAUUCAACUUUUCCGAAAAAAACAUCCAAGAAGAGGGCCUCCCAUACCGAUUGCUCAUCCCUUGUACUUUGCUCCAGGGUCAAUAACACUAACUUCAUGUGCUUCUAAUAUAACUAAUCCCCCAUCAGCUAUCUUGUUUGUUGGCUUACUGGACUCGAACAUAAUCUUGGUGAACCAAACACUCACAUUGUUAGCCAAACUGUGGUUGACGACACAAUUGCAAUCUGGUGGAAAUUUCACAUUUUCUGGAUCCCAGGAACCGUUCUUUGGGUUUGGUUCUGAUGUUCUUCCUCCUCGUAGAAUCGGCACUCCACUUGCUGAAAAUAUCGAGUUUGGAAGACAGUGCCUAGCAACAAUGCAGAUUCAAAAUGAGAAUUAUUUGGUUUCAUGUGGCAAUUGGGAGAAUAGCUUCCAGAUCAUAUCCCUAAACGACGGUAGGAUUGUGCAGAGUAUACGACAGCACAAAGAUGUCGUCAGCUGUGUUGCAGUUUCAUCUGAUGGAAGUAUACUUGCUACUGGAAGCUAUGACACCACGGUUAUGGUAUGGCAUGCCUAUCGCGGCAGAUCAACUGAGAAGAAAUCGCGAAAUGCCCAAUCUGACUCCACUACAAAAGACCAUGUUAUUGCCGAAAGCCCCUCCCGCAUCCUUUGUGGCCACGAUGAUAUUAUUACAUGCUUGUUCAUUAGCACAGAGCUCGACCUUGUUAUCAGUGGAUCUAAAGACGGUACCUGUAUUUUCCAUACAUUACGAAAGGGAACCUACAUACGAUCUAUUCAGCACCCAUCUGGCUGUGGCUUGUCAAAGCUAGUGGCAUCAAGGCAUGGGAGACUAGUCUUUUAUUCCGAUGACGACCUUUCUUUGCAUAUGUAUUCCAUAAAUGGAAAGCACAUUGCCUCUUGUGAGUCGAACGGCCGUCUCAAUUGUAUUGAACUUAGCAGUUGUGGGGAGUACUUGGUGUGUGCUAGCGAUCAUGGGCAAAUAGUUCUCCGCUCUAUGCAUUCUCUUGAUGUUAUUCAGAAGUAUGAGGGUGCUGGGAAGGUAAUAACUUCUUUAGCAGUGACGCCUGAAGAAUGCUUUCUAGCCGGAACCAAGGAUGGAAGUUUGCUAGUGUAUUCUAUAGAAAACCCUCUGCUUCGUCGAAGCAGUCUUUCCCGAAAUAGUAAGACAAAAUCUUCCGUGGUGGGAUAGGUCGGGGAGGAAUUCCGAGCCAGUGGAUUUAUCAAGUGAGGCUUUUCGGGAACUGGAUAGAAGAUGGAAUAGUGAAACUUCUCAUGAUAGGAAGAACAUACAUUCAAAGUGAGUGAAACCACCAUCCUCCUUUCGACUUAUUGUUAUUCAGAUGCACGGUGUCUCCAUGAAAUGAGAUUGGUGGAGCUUCUGACUGUAUUCUCCUAAAAGUCAAUGAAGAGAUACUAAGGUAAAAGUCCUUCGUAUAUUGAACCAGUUUUUCGUUCGUGGUGACUGUUAUACACCACUAUAUUCAAUAGUAUUACAUCUCAUCGGGAAAGGAAAUAGCUUUUCACCAUCCCUUGUGUCUUUGGGGUGCAUAGGGGACUAAAGGCUGGUGAGUGAAUGAAUGAAUAAGCAACAAUAUCUUUUAAAUCAAGAAUCAUAGAUUUAUUGUAUUUAAAAAGCAAGUGUAUAAUUUUUUUUUUUUCUUUUCUUUUCCUGUGAGUGCUGUUCAGUAUCUAAGUUAGAGAAUUGGCUAGAGAUUAAGCUAACAUUCUUGUUCGUGGCACACUCUUUCCAGCACAUAAUGUAUAGCUUUUACAGUUUAUCCCAGGUUGGAUUUGUAUACGACUAUCUUUGUUUUGGACAUUGAAAUAUAUUUACUUCUAGGAUUUCUUAUUAGGCUA